AUGGCAUUCUCGUCACUACGUGGAAAGGAGCUCGUGGAUGCAGAGUUAACCUCCUGGUCACAGAGGAUCCUGCCUCAAGCUGGCCCUUCCUUGCUCCAAAAUGGCUACGCCGUAAUGGACAACGCGUUCCACCCGUCGCUGGCCCAAGCUCUGAAGGCAGAGAUCCAGAGUCUGCGCGGGGACUUGUACGCCAACUCCACCCACGUCUUUGUGGCAGGCAAGAACGAACCGCUUCUUCUUGAGAAGGACCACAUCCACGAAAUGGAGCUGCUCACGGUGCCGCCUUCUCACGCGCACUUGAAUCAGUGGUUUCACAACCCUAUCCUCCGCGAGAGCCUCAACUCGGCGAUUCCGUCGCUCGAGGCAGCUCGCCACAUGAUUAAAGUACAGUUCAACGAAGGCCAUGGUGGGUGCUUCCCGAUGCACUUUGACACGUACGGCGACGACGGCAAGUGCCUCACAGCUAUUUUAUACCUCAACGAAGAAUGGGUACACGGCCACGGGGGUGAGCUGGAGCUGUUUCCCUUCCCCCACGCCCCCGUGACGAUCGCGCCGCUGUUCAAUCGACUGGUGCUGUUCUCGUCCACUCAAAUGCUCCACCGAGUAAUGCCUGCCACGCAACCUCGAUAUUGCCUCACCACGUGGCUGUAUCGAUCACCGCAAGUCACGUCAUCUCCACCACUGCUACCGCCACCACCUCUCAAGGGGGAAGAGGCGUACCACCGCAUGCUGCGCAAGCUAAUGAUCAGUCCGUUUCGACGUCAUUUGGCCAAGUUGAGGUAUGCCGACGCAUGGAAGCAGUCGCUCGUGGCGUCCCACAAGCCCACGCCAUCAUUCCAUGCGUAUCUGGAUACGUUCCAUAACGACAUCGCCGCCAUUGACGCCGCGACGCUCAAAAUGCUAAAGACGUUUGCAGCUUCCAAAGACACGGACAAAACCACCUUCCCCACGACCCCCGCGGCAUUUCUACGCCGUCUGCACCUCGAGUUUCAGGGUACGCCAAAGAAGAUGUCGACGCCGUCGGUGCCGUGGUGGCACUAGUAUGUACUAGUAGAGUACAUACUUGAAAAAUGCUAAUACUGGAGGAUAUGUGCUGCUCAUGCGCUCUAGCAUGUGAAUAUAAUAUAUGUGUAGCUAGACGA